CUUUCCCUUGAGGAACCCGGUAAAGUUUCACAGGGGCCGGGAGGGGAGCAGCGGAGCAGCCGCACAGAAGCCGGAGAAGCCCUGGUGAUCGCCGCCACUAGCUGAAGGAGGAGGGUCCCAGGAGUCGAAGACCUGCCUCAGCAGCCAGCUGCCUCGCUCUCUGGGGAGGGGCCGCCCCCUGUCGCCUUGGGCUUCCCCUGCCCUGAGGGGCCGGAUAAGAACUUCAGUUUUCUGUUGAUGUGGAGACUUGGGUACCUCCAACUUUCCAGUGUUUCAGAAGAAAAUUUUUUAUUGAAACUGGAAGACCAAAAUAAUAAGCAUGUUGUGCUGGGGAAAUGCAUCCUUUGGACAGCUAGGUUUGGGUGGAAUUGAUGAAGAAAUUGUACUAGAGCCCAGAAAAAGUGACUUUUUUAUACAUAAAAAGGUCCGAGAUGUAGGAUGUGGACUCAGACAUACUGUAUUUGUUCUGGAUGAUGGAACAGUGUACACAUGUGGAUGUAAUGAUCUAGGACAGCUAGGUCAUGAAAAAUCCAGAAAGAAACCGGAGCAGGUUGUUGCUCUGGAUGCCCAAAAUAUCGUAGCUGUUUCAUGUGGAGAAGCUCAUACAUUAGCACUAAAUGACAAGGGCCAGGUGUAUGCUUGGGGUCUUGAUUCUGAUGGACAACUUGGCCUGCUAGGAUCAGAGGAAUGUAUCAGAGUACCCAGAAAUAUUAAAAGUUUGUCAGAUAUCCAGAUAGUACAGGUUGCUUGUGGUUAUUAUCAUUCACUUGCACUUUCUAAAGCAAGUGAAGUCUUCUGUUGGGGACAGAAUAAAUAUGGCCAAUUGGGUUUAGGCAUUGACUGUAAAAAGCAGACUUCGCCACAGCUGAUUAAGUCUUUGCUUGGAAUCCCUUUCAUGCAAGUUGCAGCUGGAGGAGCCCAUAGUUUUGUCCUCACCCUUUCUGGAGCUAUCUUUGGAUGGGGACGCAACAAAUUUGGUCAGCUAGGUCUCAAUGAUGAAAAUGAUAGGUAUGUUCCUAAUUUACUAAAGUCACUAAGAUCUCAGAAAAUAGUUUAUAUUUGUUGUGGAGAAGAUCAUACUGCUGCGCUAACCAAGGAAGGUGGAGUGUUUACUUUUGGAGCUGGAGGGUAUGGUCAGCUGGGUCACAACUCUACUAGUCAUGAAAUAAACCCAAGGAAAGUUUUUGAACUCAUGGGAAGCAUUGUUACUCAGAUUGCUUGUGGAAGGCAGCACACUUCUGCUUUUGUUCCUUCAUCAGGACGAAUUUACUCUUUCGGGCUUGGCGGUAAUGGACAGCUGGGAACCGGUUCCACAAGCAACAGGAAAAGCCCCUUCACCGUGAAAGGAAAUUGGUUCCCUUAUAAUGGACAGUGUCUGCCAGAUACCGAUUCUGAAGAAUAUUUCUGUGUAAAAAGAAUUUUCUCAGGGGGAGAUCAGAGCUUUUCACAUUACUCUAGUCCCCAGAACUGUGGACCACCAGAUGAUUUUCGAUAUCCUGAUCCUUCAAAGCAGAUCUGGACAGUGAAUGAAGCUCUAAUUCAAAAAUGGCUGAGCUACCCUUCUGGAAGAUUUCCUGUGGAGAUAGCCAACAAUGAUGAUCACUAUAGAACAGGCACCAGAUUUUCAGGGGUUGAUAUGAAUACUGCUAGGCUUUUAUUCCACAAACUUAUACAACCUGAUCAUCCACAUAUAUCUCAGCAGGUGGCAGCUAGUUUGGAAAAGAAUCUUAUUCCUAAACUGACUAGCUCCUUACCUGAUGUUGAAGCAUUGAGGUUUUAUCUUACUCUGCCAGAAUGUCCCCUGAUGAGUGACUCCAACAAUUUCACAACAAUAGCAAUUCCCUUUGGUACAGCUCUUGUGAACCUAGAAAAAGCACCACUGAAAGUACUUGAAAACUGGUGGUCAGUACUUGAACCUCCGCUAUUCCUCAAGAUAGUAGAACUUUUUAAGGAAGUUGUGGUACAUCUUUUGAAACUCUACAAGAUCGGCAUUCCCCCUUCUGAAAGAAGAAUUUUCAACAGUUUUCUUCAUACUGCAUUAAAGGUUUUAGAAAUAUUACAUAGGGUAAAUGAGAAAACGGGACAGAUUAUACAGUAUGAUAAAUUUUAUAUACAUGAAGUACAAGAAUUGAUAGACAUAAGGAAUGAUUAUAUCAACUGGGUCCAACAGCAAGCCUAUGGAAUGUUGGCAGAUAUCCCUGUUACAAUCUGCACAUAUCCAUUUGUAUUUGAUGCCCAAGCAAAAACUACUCUGUUACAAACAGAUGCAGUCUUACAGAUGCAGAUGGCCAUUGACCAGGCCCACAGACAGAACGUCUCCUCUCUUUUUCUCCCAGUGAUUGAAUCUGUGAAUCCCUGCUUAAUUCUAGUGGUGCGUAGAGAAAAUAUUGUAGGAGAUGCGAUGGAAGUCCUCAGGAAAACAAAGAACAUAGAUUACAAAAAGCCACUCAAGGUUAUAUUUGUUGGAGAAGAUGCUGUUGAUGCAGGAGGGGUACGCAAAGAAUUUUUCUUGCUCAUCAUGAGGGAAUUAUUGGAUCCUAAAUAUGGCAUGUUCAGGUAUUAUGAAGAUUCCAGGCUCAUUUGGUUUUCUGAUAAGACAUUUGAAGACAGUGAUCUCUUCCAUUUGAUUGGUGUUAUUUGUGGAUUAGCAAUUUAUAAUUUUACUAUUGUGGACCUCCAUUUUCCUUUGGCUUUAUAUAAGAAACUGCUGAAAAAGAAGCCAUCCUUGGAUGAUUUGAAAGAACUUAUGCCUGAUGUUGGGAGAAGCAUGCAACAAUUACUGGAUUAUCCAGAAGAUGAUAUAGAGGAAACAUUUUGUCUUAAUUUUACGAUCACAGUUGAAAACUUUGGUGCAACAGAAGUGAAAGAGCUGGUUCUAAAUGGUGCAGACACAGCUGUUAACAAACAAAAUCGGCAGGAGUUUGUUGAUGCUUAUGUGGAUUAUAUAUUCAAUAAAUCAGUGGCUUCCUUAUUUGAUGCUUUUCACACGGGUUUUCAUAAGGUCUGUGGAGGAAAAGUCCUUCUGCUUUUCCAGCCUAAUGAACUACAAGCAAUGGUUAUCGGAAAUACAAAUUAUGAUUGGAAGGAACUGGAAAAGAAUACAGAAUACAAAGGGGAAUAUUGGGCAGAACAUCCUACGAUAAAAAUGUUUUGGGAAGUGUUUCACGAAUUACCAUUGGAAAAGAAAAAACAAUUUUUGUUAUUUUUGACAGGUAGUGAUCGAAUUCCUAUUCUUGGUAUGAAGAGUCUGAAACUAGUUAUCCAGUCAACAGGAGGUGGUGAGGAGUAUCUCCCAGUUUCCCAUACCUGUUUUAAUCUUCUGGAUCUUCCAAAAUAUACAGAAAAAGAAACUCUACGCUCUAAACUGAUCCAAGCCAUUGAUCACAAUGAAGGCUUCAGCUUAAUAUAACUUUGGAGUUAUAACUAUCCAGUUUAGUGCAAAAGCAUUAAGCUAUUGUGUUUUCUUGUGGUGAUGAAUUCAGCAAGGUAACAGAGGUACUAUUAUAAUUCUUACUUGCAAAAUGUUCAAUGAUAUGAGUGUUCAUGAAAGCCAAAAAAUAUUAAAGCAAAAUGAACAAACUGUUAAUAUUAAACUUAUUGUACAGAACCAUGGAUUUUUUUUGCCAUCUUCUAAUAAACAUACAAGUAUUGUGAAUACAUUAAAGUUUUACUAACAUGAAUUUUAAAGAGUUUGCAUAUUUCAGAAAUGAUCUGGUGUGUGAGUGCAUGGAAAUGUUGCUUAACUUUUCUUCAAUCACUGGGUGAAAACCUUUAACUUUGGCCUGCAAUAGUCAUUUGAUUAUUUUUUCAUUUUGUAAAUAAUGUUGAGUUUUGUAAUAAAAUAGUUAUGUUCUGAUACCA